UUCAAUGUUAAUCGAAAUAUCGAAACUAUGCCCCUUGUGCACGUUACCAAUACAAAUUUUUUCUUUUAUUUUGUGUUCCAGCAGUACUGCGGAACAGUACAUGUUAAUUCUUCGAAAAUGCCUUCGGUUGGCAUCUGAGCAGGUGACAAGUGUUAAAGUGCAAUGUGCUAAUUAUGUCACACGGGGCGUAUGCGUGCUGUUGAAAGCCAAUAGCAAGUGAAAGCCAAAGUAAGAGGCGCAAACGGGUAACGGAAAAUCGAAUAGAGAAAGAUGGUGGCGAUGGAAAAGGCCUAAACCACCAUUCGAUACUUGUUGAAUUAUAAGCUAAGUGUGUGUGAGUGCGAUUGUGGAAACAAACAACAAAUGUCAACUGCCAAUGCCCCUAGAGUGUAAAACGAAAUAUGUGAAAGAUACAAGCCGAAUCGCACGGGAAUUGGAAUCCGGGCACAAACGAAAAUGAAGUGUCAGCGUUCUGGGAUGAAAUUAUCAAUUGGGCAAGCUGCUGCUGAAAUGUGAUUUAUCCACCUGCCGCUGGUGAGGUGUUUUCCAAAUGUGUUAGCCGUGUGUGCGUGUAGACAACAAAGGGAAAUAAUGUCAUGCAUUGGCUCGACGGAAUUUCUUUGGAUGACAAUUUAAUUAGCGGACGCGCCAGCGGCAGCAACGGCGACAACAGCGACGGCAAUCAGCGGAAAUCAACGCAGUCGAGCUCAUCGCCCACCAAAGCAAAACGAAGACGUCAUGCACACUAUAAGCUAAACAGCAGAUUGGACAGAAAGUCUUCGCGGGGCAUGAUAUACGAAAAUGAGGAGCUCAGGCUACGCACCAUUAACAUUAAUGCAGAAGUGGAACGAGGGCAAUCGGACAUCAAGCGCUUGCGGCGGGAGAAUGAGCAACUGCGUCGGGAAAUCUGGACUUUGCGGGACGAGUGCGACAGGCUAAACAAACGCUUUAAAGCGAAGCUCAACGAGCACGAGUUUGGUGGAUGCAGGGGCAGCGGGGGGAGUGGCGGCACAUGCCACGCCUACCGGUGCAGCGGCGGAGGCGGUGGGCGAGGGAGCGGAGGUUGUGAUGUAAACAGUGAUGACUCUGACUCAUGUGAUACGUGUCGCGGGGCAGACGACGGCCACUGCAGCGACGAGUGCUGCAAAGAGGGUGGAUCCUGUGCCCCGCUAAAGACCCCACUUCCGCCGGAUGUGCCCAGCCACCCAUCCCAAUCUAAAAACGAGGAAAGCAACAGCACCAUCCAGAACAAGGAGCCGCAGCCCUUGCAUUUCGAUCACCUCUCGGUGGUCUCCGAGGAGACCCUGAGUAACCCGGAGCUUAUGCUCGUCCAGCAGCAGGAGCACCUGACGAUAUUCCCCCCACCAGACGCCCACGGGUCGCAAAGCACGCUGCCCAGCAUGAUGGGACCGCUCACCCCGCUGACGCCCAUCGAACUGGUGGCCAAUCAGCUGAACGACCUGCAGGCGAUGGUGCCACCAUUGUCCUACUUUGAGAACAUCCUGUCGCAGCAUAUGGGCGCACGAAAUGCGGCACAAACGCCCUCUCCGGAGUUGGGGACCAGUUCGAGCACCACCACCGGCAAGACGAUGCGGCACACGAACGGCUGGGACUACAACCUCCAGUCGCCCUUCACGCAGCGCAAGUACAACGAGCAGUCGUCGCCGUCCCGCUCGCCCCCACCACCUGUGAGCACGAUGACCACAUUUGUGCCCACGUCCACCCUGCAGACGAUGCCCAAGAUCGCCCUGAAUGCCCCGUCACAACCACAUCUGCCGGAUGGUGGCGACAUCGAAACCGUGGCCAUCACCACGAAUGCCGCGCAGCAUGCGCUCAACAGUCCGAAGCACUUCUUUGCGCCGAUCAAGCCGCGUUUGAAGCUCAACACUAAGCUAGCCAAUCAGGGACAGGAUCUCGAGCAGGACGAUCUUCCGCCGGGCUCACCGCCGCCGCCCUUGCGAGACCCACCAGAUAUCUUCGUGAAUAACGCUCUGGCCUCGCCCUACCAACGCCAAGUGUCCCCACAAGUAAGUCCUCGUCACCGACGGUCCACACACUCGCAUUGCCACGCCCACAGCCACGCCCACAGCCACGCCCACAGCCACCAGCGCAGCCGCCAACGCCCACAGCCCAGCCACUGCUCCCUGCAUCGGGCGGUGGUGGACGUGGCCGCUGCCGUGGGCUUGGGGGAAGUGGGUCCGUAUCCGGGGUCUAGUGUUCUCGACAUAUACACCGCUGCUCUGGCGGCUGCCGCUUCCGCCAGGUGCUCUCCGCUUCCGGCGACCAGAUCCGCUGAACCCAUCUACGCCACAGCACAAAAGCCCGGCCAGAAUACGUGCAUCCCUGCCACGUCUGUCACACAGCCGGUGAUGACCAUCACCACCCAAUCCACCAAGACUACCACCACUAGGUGGCCUUCGCCCCAAAGAUUGGCCAUUCAAGCAAAGGCCGUUGGCGAGGCCAAGAGGGCGGCCAAGUCCGCGGAGAACGUCAGUCAGACGGAUUCGGUCAACUUGGAGUCAAUUCUGAACGACAUCGAGACGAUUUCGGAGGACAUACUGGCUAUUCAGCUCGAGAAGAGCAAGUCAAGGGACAACCUAAGCCACAGUAAUAGCAAGGACGAUGAGAGGGCGAAGAAGCCCUAUCGCUCUGAAAUGAACCUGUAUCUGCAGUAUGAGGGUACAAACCCGACCAUUUCACCCGUCACCACGGACACCCAAAGAACGGAAAUGGGAACAAUUACAUCGGCGGUGACUACGUCCAGCGAAUCGGGAAACAGUGGGAGCAGUAAAUUAGUGCGACGCACCUGCUCCUUGGAGAGGGAGCACACCGACAGCCCUGCACCGCACAUUCCGGACCCAAUGGCACCGUUUCCCGAUAAGUGCACCUAUCUGGGAUUCGAGCAGCUGAACCAGGCGUCAGGUGGGGUCGGGGUGCCUCCUCAAUCGCCGAAUGGCCAGAGGCCGCCCAUCGCAGCCAAGCCGAAUGUACCGCUGAAACCACCGCCCCCGCUACCACCCGCCCGCAGGCCAACCAUGCCCACGGAACCACCGCCCCCGCCACCAACCACAUCCGCUUCCGGCGUAAUCGGUCUGCCGCCCAACAAGAGUCACCUGUACAAGACACUCGCCUCGGCGGCUGCCAAAAGAGCCAUCUUCCGCUCAUCGCCAUCGCAGUUAACCAGAUCCCUGGACGUGGAUCCCACUGUAUCAGAGGGGGAGACGGGCGUGGCGGGUGACCUGGCCGUUGCUGGAAAUAUGGACGAGUUAGCGCGGCGGAAAGCCCGACGCGUGUCCAUCGUUUGUGGAUCCGGACAGGGAGGCCAACAGGACGACGUGGCCAUGCCCGUGACUACCGUGCCCAUGGCUACUGCCAGUUGUGUGGACCUUAGCACAGUGCUCACUCAUCCAACCAUCAAAGCUUUCAAGAUGAGCCACAGCACCCCCAACUCGCCGCAUUCCUCGCGUCGUCGCACCAACAGCAACUCGAUGACAGCUCCACCGGGAACACCGGUGGGCGGUGGACACCCCGAAGUAGGGGCCACUGCAUCGGCACCGCCCAGCACCACCCACCAUCACUACCAUCGCAAGGAGGGCAGUGAUCCGGUUCCCAUGACGGCCACUGUUAGUCGGACCAAGUGCUCCAGGCGGCACUCCGAGGGCACCGUUCACACCGUUCACCGGAACAGUGCUGCCAGCGGAGGCGGAGGAGGUGGUCACCACCAUCACAGCCACAGCCACCACCACCCGCACAGCGGAAUGGUGAUCAGCAGCAACCCGCACCACAGCCACCAUUCCCACCAGGACAGCAACCACGAGACGGUCACCUCGCUGUCCGAUCGCAACUCCAACAGCUUCGCAUCCUCACGCGAGUCCUCCACAAGCUUCAGCAUGCGAUCCAAUCGCCGGAAGAUCUCUGUCAGUUCGCACACGGGCGGCAAGAUUCCGUGGUGCGGUUGCUGGGGCAAUGGAUGCCUCUAGAUUGGGGGGAGGUAUCAUAAGCUACCGUCCAGGAACAAAACUCAGUAUAGUUCACUUAGCUUUCGGAAGCUAUCAAAAUGGAAUGGUGAAUUAAAAGGUUUUGGAAAUAUAAGUGUUAGUUUACAAAAAAUGACCUAAAACCUAAAUAAAUGUAUGCCACAGUCGACAAAUAAUUUAAAGGCCAACAGCAUUUAAAUAUUGGUUUGAAAAUUGUUUUCCAAUUAUUUAAAAAUUAUUUGCUGACAAGUAUUGGAUUUUUAGAAUCAUAACACAGUGACAUUAAAAGUAGAUAUUAUAGUUUGAAUUUUAUUAUUUGGGACUGAGUAAAAGAAAAUUAUGAAUUUAUUCGAUGUAAUUACGGCAUUGUUAUAAAUAGUCUUAAAAAUAUGUUCAACUGCAGCCAAGUGAAUUAUACUGUAUUCCACAAAUGAGUGUAAAUUUCUAAAUCUUCAUAUAUCCACUUUGCGAGUUUGUAUAUGGCUAAGUAGGGUUAGAUGGCUUAACAAAAGCGGUGCAGCAUUUUGUUUCUAGGAACUAAGUACAAAACCCAUUUUAAAAAGUAAUUCAUUUAAUCAAAGCAACUCAAAAUCAACCCCGAGUUUGUUGUACAUAUUUUGUUAAAACCAAUUAAGUUGUAGCAUUUAAAUGUUGGUCUCGAAAAGAAGUCAUGUAAAUUCUACAAACA